AGUGAAUGUGAUAAAAACAGCAACUGUGGGGAGAUCCUUCCAGCUGGGCAUGCUGUAUGACUGCAGAAAAGACACAUUAAUACCAGGAAUCAGACUUUGGAAUAAAGAGGAGCUGAAGCAGAAUACUUCCACUCGUAAACAAAUUAAUACAGAAUUCAAUAUCACAACUUCAGACUCCAUUCAGGACAAAUCUGAAUUACUGAAUAUUGAAGGUGGACUCAAACUGAGUCUUUUAAGUGGACUCAUCAAUGUUAGUGGAGCAGCAAAAUAUCUCAAAGACACCAAGACUUCUUUCAAACAGCAAAGACUGACACUGCAUUAUCAAACAACCAGCAGAUUUGAUGAACUGAUCAUUAACCAGUUGCCUACUAAAAAUAUUCUGAAAAAAUAUGAUGAUAAAGGAAUAGCCACACAUAUAGUGACAGGAGUGCUGUAUGGAGCAGGAGCCUGUUUUUUGUUUGACAGAGAAGUUUCAUCUGAUGAGGACAAAAGCACAGUAGAGGGAGAAAUGAAAUUAGCUCUUGAGAAACUACACAACCUUGUUUCAAUAGAUGGAAAUGCUAAUGUGAAUAUUAACGAAAACUAGAAAAAAGCAGUCAAAAACUUCACAUGUACAUUUUUCGGUGAUUUUCAGCUACAGUCUAACCCGACCUCUUUUGAAGAUGCGAUGAAGGUUUUCACUGAUCUUCCAAAACUCCUGGGAGAAGAUCAAAAUCUGGCGGUUCCACUGAGAGUUUGGCUUUAUCCUCUGAACAAACUUCACUCAAAAGUUUCCAAACUUUAUAAAGACAUCAGCAUGGAUCUAAUCAUGAGGAUUGAAUCACUGGUUGAGAGUUUUAAAUACAAUUGAGUUGAAAUGCAGUGACCUUCUGAAAGACUCUCCUGCUUUACAUUUUGCUGCAUUUCAUGAUAAAAUUCUGCAAAUGAAGCAAAACUGCUACACGUACAAGUUGAGAAUCAUGAAGAAACUCGGUACUUUGCUGCCAGACAUUCGUGGAGAAGUGAUGAAGGAAACCGUACUGAAUGAUCUUCUACAAGAACAUGAUGCAACUCUAUUCAGAGGAAGUGACCUCACAGAAUGGCUGAAAGAGAGAGAAAGAGACUCUGAGAUCAUUAAAACAAUCCUCAGACAGCUGAAGGAUUGUGGUGCACAGGUAGAAGUGAACAUAGAUGCCAUUAGGAUGGAUCUGGAGGUUAGGAAUCUGGUCAGUUACACAUUCAAAUCAUUGAACUGUUCAGAUGAACUUCUUCAACAACAAACUGCCUAUCUGAGUCCUUCAACACAAGGAGAAACUGAUGUGAAGAGCCCUGAUUUCAAGCGAAAGUCUUGGCUAACUCCUGAGAUCCAGAAGAUCAUGAGGAGCAACUUGAAGAUAUUUAAGAACUUGGUCAAUUCAAACAGCUGUAAACAAGACAGGUUCAUUGUGUCAUCAAGAGAAAUGGAGAAUCAUCCUGGUUCCUGCAUUCUCCUGUAUGAACAUGGAUGUGAAGAAGCUGUUUGCUUUACUCCUCCAUCCAAACCACCCCGUCCGAUCACUGAAGAGGUCAAAGUUCAGAAUGUGGUUCUGAAAGUUCCUCCAUCAUGUCCUGCUACAGUGGAGCUCAGAUUACUGUAUAAACCGAAGCAGGACACAGACUGGACAUCUGAACCUGUGCUGAAGGAUCAACACACAGUUACUCUGACUGAUCUGAGAGCAGGAACUGAGUAUCAAAUCAAAUGUGCAGCGCUGGGGAAACUCAACUACACCGUAGACAGUGACGUGAUCAGAGUCAUCACAGAGAUCACAUUGAUCAAAUACAUUUAAAUGAUUGAUUAGAAAUAUUUGCAGCUUUAUGACAGUGAGUUUUGAAUGCUUUAUAGAUCAUUUCUCCCUGUAUUGCCAAUUUCAUGAUUUAAUUAGUUGUUAAUUUAGAAAUGUGCCUUUCAGCAAAGUACAAGGAAACAGCUGUUAAAGAUAAGUACUGGAAACAGUAAUACGAUAACUGUAUAAUCUGUUAUAACACAGAGAGAAAACAAGGACAUUGGAACAGCAGGAAUCAGAGCAGAAGAAAUAUAUCAUCCAUUUCACAGACUUCAUCUUGAAGACAGGUACCACAAUAAACUGAGCUGCAGAUGUUCUUCAGAUAACUGGACAUUCAUUACAGUCCCAUGAGUCUUGUGCUGAAGAGAAGCUGAUUCAGACUUACAUACAAAAACUAUGAACUACAGAGCAAGGUACAUUAAAACUAAAAAGAACAAUGAGGAAGAUCACACUCAACAAAGAGACAAUCACUCAUCUGAAGAUGAAAGUGAUAUUUUUCAUGAAAUGUUUUUGUCUAAUGAUGGAGUCGGAGGACUCACCCGAUGGAUGUUCAGAUGGCCGUGUUUCAUUGUGCUGAUGGUUUCCUGAAGCAGCUGAUGGUCACUAAACUGUCCCAGUGUCAGUACGCUCUGCCUCUGCUUGUUCCUGAUCCAUUCACACAACAGACUGAGUUGGACAUUCAGACAAAUCAGCAGGAGCUGGAAGAUGAGAAACACCUACUAUGAAACCGUCAGUCGAAUCCACCCAGUCUACAAGGCAGAUACUCCAAUGGUGUUUUUCUUCAGGUUUGGCUCUGUGUCUUCAUCCAAGUCUGAGCUGAUGAACAGUCUGAUCAAUGAGAAACACAACACGUUCUUCCACAGGAACUGCCCAGGCAGCAUCAGAACCAGAGUCCUGAUGGAUGGAGUGGUGGAGAUCACCUGGUUCUGCCCCUCUGGAUCAUAUGAUGAUAAAUUCACUGACUGUGUUGCGUUCUGUAAUCUACACGGUGAUGCAGGAGACCAUGAGAAACAGCUGCAGAUCCUCACUGAAAUGGCCUCAUUCAAUGUUGUUCUUCUACCACGACUUCAGAAGAAUGACAAAAACAUUAUAAAACUUCAACAACUCUACAAGGACUCAAAGCCACUCAUUUGUCUUUUUACUGAGUAUGAAUCUGCUGUAACUGCGAUGAAGAAAAAAUAUAGGAUUGGUCUGAAAGACAGAAAUCAAGCAGAUGUAUCUGAAGAACUCAGAAGAGCUAUAAAUGAGUGUCUCUCAGAAUCAUCUUCCACUUUCAGACUUGAAGAUGUGUCCAAACACUCAGACAUCAGAGUAGAUGAGGAAGAUGAUGAAGACUGCAGGAGAGGAAGAGAAGCAGCACAGAAGAUGAUGAGUUUACUGGAGAAGAAAGAUCUGACAGAAAUCAAAGAAUCAUUUCUUCCUCAUCAGGGGAAACUGUGGCGUCAGUGGAGUCAGAAGAACAAAGAACUACAUCGACCUCGAGGAGAAGAGACUGAAAUGGACAUCAGUAUAAAACAAACAGAGAUGAAGAGAAUUCGUGAACAGCAGCAUGAAUCUGACAUCAGUGAGUUUAUUAAGUUCUUUUUUAAACAAAUAAACUCACAUGCUGCAAACCAGAUGUUUUUCAUUAAAUGGCUCAGAAUCCUCCUGGAUGAACACACAUCAGCUGACCUUUCUAAUCUAAAUCACAAGUAUGAUGAAACAUGGUCAUCAGUCUUACGACUGAAAUAUUACGAUAAAUCUGAACAACUCAAAGAUGAACAAACUGAACUUGAGAGAAUAUCUGAGGAACUUCAAGCUGCAGCCUUUGGUCUGGACCACAUCAUGCGGGAGAUCGGUCAGAUCUAUGAAUCAUGUUCAUCUGUGAAGAAGAACAAGAAAGACCUGCAGUUUGACUUCUCUUCUCUCCCGAGUCUUGCAGCAGAGAUGAUGAUCUCUGGAUUUCCACUGGAGCUGAUGGAUGGAGAUGCUGCUCAUGUUCCUCUGAUCUGGAUCUCUGCUGUUCUAGAGGAACUCAUCCAGAAACUGGGAGACCAGAGAGUCUUUGUGCUGUCAGUUUUAGGGAUUCAGAGCUCUGGGAAAUCCACCAUGCUGAAUGCCAUGUUUGGACUCCAGUUUGCUGUCAGUGCUGGUAGGUGCACCAGAGAGUGCUUCGGCAGAGAGUGCCGUUUAGACAUGAUUGCUAUUAAAUGGAAUAUGAUACAUUUUACACAGAUUUCAUUCAAGCCAUGAUUUGAACAGAAAAUAGAGAU